CGUCCUCGCAGAAGGAAAAGUUAGUCUGAAGAGGGGGCGGAGAUGAGCUUUUUUUGCCGUCGUCCCUCUUUUAUUUUAAUCACUGUUUAGCUCGGAGCUCUCCCUGUCAGCCUCGCGGUCGGAUGAGAUGUCAAACAACAGCGCAAGCAGUUUGGUUAUCGCCCAAAAAGCCGUAAAACAACUGCGGCUGGAGGCCAGCGUCCGCCGGAUAAAGGUGUCCCAGGCGGCAGCUGACCUGAAGGCUUUUUGCUUGCAAAAUGCCCAUAAAGACCCGCUGCUUAUGGGGGUCCCGUCCAGUGACAACCCAUUCCGGCCCCCAAAAUCCUGUGAGCUCUUCUGAGUGAAGAUGUCGGUUCAUAUUGUAUUAUUUUUACUGUUUGCAGAAAUUCUACGUAUAGUGCCAAGAAAGUGAAGAUGAAAAAGAAACACAUAUAAAAGCCUAUUCAUCUGAGAUUAAAUGUGUAAUAUAUGCCAUUCAGACACCUGUCAUAUAUCAAAACCAACCGUGGCAGCAGUACAAUGUAUUUCAUUUAAUAGGACACCUACUGCAUUAAAGCUAAGCAUUCCUACCUAUAACGGCAAAUAUGCACUCAGAAAAUCACAGAAAUCCCUGCUUAACACCUAAAAAACUGUUUUGGGAGCUUUCCACAGACCCACACCCAUUCACACGAUCUGACCACAUGUGUUUUGUCUGUGUUAUACAAGCCUACAUGAAAUGUGUAAUUGAAUUUAUAUAAAGACAUUAUUUGAAGGAUGAAAAAUUAUUAUCCUGUAAUGUGUUUACUGAACAGGUUUUAUGCAGUUUUGCAUUUUUAAAUACACUAAACCAUCAGCUGCUCAGUGCCUUGAAAUACACACGCACCUAUGAUAUAUAUUAUGGAUGCACAUUUCCAAUAAAGUUAUUUCACAAUGAUG